CCUGUAAAUUUCUAUCAGUCGAUCAGCUGUGUGUAACCACUGUGCUUCGUGUUUGUGAUCAGCUUCUUCGCCGAUUUCUCGCUCGAUAUCAGUUUCUAAAGCAGUACAAUAUUUCACUGUUGAAUAAUUGAAGCUCAAUAGAAUGGGUUCAGUUUGUAGUACAAAGACCAUCAUGCCUGCCACACGAGAUCUUGUCAACGAACUCAUCGCAAAGGAUUCGGUUGUGAUCUUUUCCAAGACUUACUGCCCAUAUUGUAAAAUGGCUAAAGAGGUGUUUGAUUCGUUGAAUAAAACAUACACGGCGAUAGAAUUGGAUGACAGAGAGGAUGCACAGGAUAUACAGGAUGUGUUGGCAGAAAUCACAGGUGCCAGGACAGUACCCAGGGUAUUUCUCAAUGGAGAAUGUUUAGGAGGCGGUACCGACGUGAAGAAAUUAUACCAGAGUGGCGAGCUACAAAAAAAAUUUUAAAUUACUAUCUACGAAGUGUAUUAUAAAUGAAUAACGUCAUUUAUUGCAAAUAAUGAAACAUAAUUUGCAUUUUAUUAAAAUAAAAUUUUACUACUAUACACUGCAUGAAAGGAAAAAAUAUAAAUAAUUUUUGGAUUUCUGUUAUCAAAUAUAAGUUUUAUACUUUCAAUUUAAUAAACAAAAUAACUGUUGUAGUUGGAUGAAUAUUAAUUCUGACCUGUUUUAAUUAAUUUAAAUUCUUAAAAAUGAGUUAAUUUAUUUAAGUUUUAUAAAAAUAUCCUGUGUGUGUGUGUAAAAACAGAGCCAAAUAAAUUGUGCUUAAGUUAACUAUGAUAGACAAAAUUGGCAAUAAAACUGAUACAAUGAA